GUAGAGCUUGUAAUGGUGUCUUGGCUUGAAAUACGAGGAAAAAUCAACACGGGAAUGUUGUCCCCAAACACGACCUACGGCGCGUACAUCGUUGUUCAGGUUGUUAAACGUGCUUUUGGAUUAGAUGACACACCUUUGGAGGUUUCAAUUGAAGUCGGUGAUUACAAAACGCGAGGAAAGAUUUAUAUGAAUCUCAAUGGGUUCAAAAGGCAAGGAUAUGAACCAUUUUGUGUAGGGGGGAAACGGUUUCCAUGUCCACGUGGCGACGGAUGGUUGGACAUCGAAUUAGGAGAAUUCUACAAUGACGAGAGUGAUAAAGAGGUGAAAAUGGAGUUUAAGGAAAUUAAGGGUAACCAGCUUAAAGGAGGGCUCCUUGUUGAAGGCAUUGAGCUUAGACCUAAGCACUGAUUAAACUUGAAGUUGUAUUUGGAUGAAAGUUUAAUAAUUACCGAUUGCACUUAUAAUUGUAUUUGAACAAGAAG